AUGUUCUCCAUUUUGAUCAUUCCUCCUACACAGUCGGUUUGUCCUUGGGACCCUGAGACCGCUAGCCCAAAUGAUCUAUCACACCAACUCCAUAAAGUAUCCAGCCUCAACGACUCAUCAGGCCAACACCGUCAGCUCCGCCACCGUCGUCAUAGCGUAAUAAAUCAAGUAUCUGAAUUAUGUGACUCUCUGUGUCCUCAUCAGAGCGAUGGCGAAGAGGCAGUGGGUUUUUCAGUAGAAAGAGGGGUGGAUGAUAAAAGUGUUCCCAGACGACCAGCAUUCUCAAUUAAUUCUCAUUCAGACCAGCAGUCUUCCCUUGGACCUGGAAGGCCUUCUUGCGGACCUUCGCAUCCCUGUAAGCCGCAUACGACUCAAAUGGGUGUACCACACGCACAAUCGUGCUCCCAACAUCCGCCACAGCUACAGCUGAAGCAAUAUUUGCUGGAUGAUGCGUCACAAACCCGGUCACAUUCUUUUCCACGAGUUCCACACCAACACUCUCUUAGCCAUUCCCAGCCUCAUCAUAUGGUACAGGAGCAGGAUCAUAACCACACUCACGUGCCACAACAUCGCUCUGAUGGCCCUAUGGCUUCAUCCUAUCCUGGCUCCGAUUUUCACUUGCACAUUGAAUCUACAGAGGGAGGCAUCUCGUCGGAAAGGCAAGAUUUUUCAUUGACCAGCUUCUCCGGUGCUACUAAUUUGCCUUCUGUAUCAACGUCUGUCUCGUCUCCGCCCCUAACCACUGGAGGAAUAUCAGUUAAAUCGGCUUCCGGGUAUCUAUCUAACACGAAUUCUGCUCAGAGCCUUGGCUUCUAUGAGGCCAAACCGAACUCAAGCAUCGGUCUUCGUGGCUUCCAUAUCGUACCAGAAGACUUCUGUGAGACAGUUUCACCUGUUUAUUCACCUCUUCAUUAUGCAUGCACACUACCAGCCUCCGAUUCUGACCUGUCUCAACCAGCCUAUUCGCAUCCUACUCGUCAGCAGCAAAGUACUGCCCCAACUCUUCCAAUGCAAGUACCUCCACCGUCUUCAUCUGCUGUUCGGCCCUCUCAGAGUAAGUCUCUACAUCCUAGACAGCAUCAUCAUCACCCUCAGCAACAGCAAUCUGGGGGAUCCCAUUCAUCUAACAGCUCAACAACCUCCAGUGGCGGCAGUAAUGGUUCCGGAGUUCUGGGUCACCUCCUUGGUACAACCACCUCACAAUUAUCUUCCUCCGCCGGCAGGCUUCAGUCCAAUAAUAAUGGCCAUUCCGCAGGCUACAUUAUGUCCAGUUGCAACUCUACAAGUAGUGGCCUGGGCGAAGGCAGCAACGGGGUCGGCGAAAUCACCGUAUCUGGCCACGGGUCCUGUAGAGACGGUACAACUGGCUGUUCUAAUGUGAGCGGCACUGGCGGUGCUGGGCGUCAAUUUCUUUGCGGCUUUCCUGAAGACACAAGUCGGAAACGAGAGCAACGACUACUCAAGAAUCGGUUUGUUAAGCUUCCAUUAUGUUGUACUCCCUUUUAUUAUUCAUUUCGAUAUAUUAUUUUAUUUCCUCUUUAA